CCACCGCGAUGGUCCCGCCCGGUCCGUCCCCGUGUGCGGCCCGGCCGGAGUCGCUUCCGGCGUCUCCCGCGGCCAUGGCGGCGCCGGGGGAGGCGGCGGCGGCGGCGCCCGGGGGCAGCAGCGGGCUCCGGGGGCGGAUCGCGGAGAGCCGCGCCGGGCGCUGGUGGCGGGGGCUGCUGCAGGACUACGCGGAGGCGGCGCGGGAAGUGGCGCAGGGGGCUCGGCGCCGGCCCGGCCGGGCCGCCGGCUGCCUGGCCCUGCUGGCCGGCGCGGCCGCCUGCGGUGCCGCCGUGCCCGGCGCCGGCUCCUUCGAGGCGGCGCUGCUGGAGGCCGCCGGCUCCCUGCUGCUGCUCUCGCCCUGGACCCGCAGCGGCGUCUCCGAGGGGCACGUCCAGCGCCUGCUGCGGCUGCGGGACCGCGGGCAGCUGCGCUACCGCAACCUCGUCUUCUUCGCGCUGGUCUACGAGGCGCCGUUCGACGCCGAGGCCGCGCUCUACCUGGCGCGGUGCCGCUACCUGCAGCCGCGCUGGCGCGAGCUCCCGGGCCACCUGCUCGACGUGGGCUUCUGGGGACGCUGGUGGGUUCUGCGCGCCAGGAUGCGGGACUGCGACGUCAACGAGGAGGAGUUCCGCCGCCUCCCCGAGCGCCUGCGCGCCGUCUCCUACCACCACCUCCACUCCGAGGCCAACGAGAGGCUCUUCGAGGAGAAGUACAAGCCCGUCGUCCUCACGGAGGAGCAGAUCGAGCGAGCGGAGAAGGAGCUGCCGCCAUCGCCGGGUGCCUCGGGACGGUGACGCGAGCCGAGGCCGCCCGCCAGGGCCGGCUUCGCGGCGUCCGGGUGUCGCGGUGCGGCCUCGGCGCCGCUCAAUAAACGCAGCGGCUGCCUGGA